CUUCAACACUGGACACCAACCGAGCCUACAAGGUUGUCGAUCUUAUUCCUGCCUUUUUUUCCACCUAUUCUCAUCGCAAGAUUCGAACGUGUUGGGUGAGAACAAGAAACAAGACCCACAGCUCCUUUGAACACCCCGCGGUGAGCUCGAGCUCGGGGAGGAAAUCAUCCGUUUUCGCUCUUAUCCAUCUCCCCCUCACUAUCUCGACUUCCUCCUUCACUCUUCUCUCUUAUCCUUAGGGUGGAUUCGUCUACCCACUGCCACUUUUUUAUUAUUACUCUAUUAUUGUUAUUGUUAUUGUUAUUGUCAUUAUCCUAAACUCCAUCGUUUUCUUCUUGAUUUUGCCCGCUUCUUGUUGGAGUUCUUGGUAUACGGUCGCUGGUUACGGUCACACCAUCCCUCGUCUCACUAGCGAUAUACCCUUGCUUCGUUAUUCAGUCCUCCGUUAUUUUCGAUCGGUUUGUAUCGUUGUAUAUUGUGGACCGUCGAUAUCAUCGUUGUCCGACUCAUCUGACUACCGACUCGUUGCGACCGCCCUUGCUAGACCCGGUCAAUGACGACUUGCCCCUCCUACGACGGAGUUUGAUCUCCAGAUCGAAACCCAUCGAAAGCCUAUUGACACUACCAUCAAAAGCACACUACACCGAAUUGUCCUCCUCAUGUCGUCGAGUUCGGCUCCCGAACCACCCGCCGCGUUCGCCACGCCUGGAUCCCUACCCGAGUCCUCGCCCGACUCCCCCGCUCUCGGACGGGCAGAUCAUGCGGGUUCGGGCCAGGGUUCCAGUAGGGCGGAACCCGGCCCGGCAUAUAAUACACGACCGGAGAGAAGACGGUCGACGCUGAGCGGCUCCGAUCGGAAGAGGAGGCUGGUGGAUAUGGAGCGAGACGGGAGACAUCCGUGGCCUGGAGCCUCGCGCGAGGCUGAAAGGGAGAGCCGGUCUAUCCCCCGGGUUCAGUCGCAGGCGCGACCGGAUGUCGCUGCUGGUGCUUCAUACGCCGAUCCGAUUGAUCUGUCGUCGUCACCACCGCAACAACCACCACCUCCUCCGCCACGACCGGCGAAUCACCCGACACCGUGGGGUCAAAACAGUGGCCAGUAUGGGGAGUUGAUGCGGCCGCGGUGGCAGCCCGAUGCGGAGGCAACGAACUGUCCCAUCUGCGGGACGCUGUUCAGCUUCUGGUACCGCAAACACCAUUGUCGCAAGUGCGGGCGCGUCGUGUGUGCGUCGUGCUCGCCGCAUCGUAUCACCAUCCCGCGCCAAUUCAUCGUUCACCCGCCAGAGGCCGCCCGGUCGCGGGCCUCCAGCCUGAUGACGCCGCGUGCACCGGUCAUCGAUCUGGAGGCGGACACGCAGUCGCAGUCGUCGUCGGCGGUCAAUCCCGCACUGGGAGGCGGCGAGGAAGUGCGACUGUGCAACCCCUGCGUUCCCGACCCUAACCCGGAUCCCCCACGGGGAUAUCCUGUCCGGGAGCCUCCGCCGGGCGGAUGGGGUCCCCGUCAUCGUUCGUAUCAUUCUGUGUCCAGCGGACGACCCCCGUAUGACGCUAUCGUAAGUGUGACAUGUCCCUACAUUGCAGUCCUCUACUAACAACCAGCAGCCCGACUCGUAUACCCGACUCAG